CGAAGUUGCCUCCGAGAACAACUGCAGAAACGAUGACGUUUCCCAAUGUUUGACGCGGCAUUAGUUGAAUGUAAAAAAUUUUUGUAACCAUUUUUGUGUCGCAGGGUCGUUUUUUUGUAUCAAAAACUGCAGUGAAAGACACGAUGAGAUAAUUUUCCAACAGCGACGAACCAUUCGAAAUGAGCCCUUCAACGGAAUCGGGAACCGUAACAGAAUGCGGCUCGAUACUAUCGGCGAAAGCGGGCUACUGCGGCUCGGAGAGGAAGAAGAGAACCGUGCGAAAAAGCAAGAAAGCGUGCCCGUGCGGCCCGAAGAAAUCCCACAGGAAGCGGGUCAAAUCGAAGAAGAAGUGCAUGCGACCGGGCCCCAGCACCAGAAAUCCUUUCCUAAAUUUCCUCAGAGUCUUCCGGAAACAGCAUUGCGAUUGGUCUAUAACUAAGAUAGCAAUAGAAGGAGCUAAGUGUUGGUGUAAAUUAAGCAAAGAAGACAAACAAAAAUUCAUUAAGGAAGCGUGCAGAAUGCAGAAAUCGGGCAAGAGGCGGGUCAAAUCGCGGAAAAGAUCGAGAUCCAGAGGACGUUGUUGAGAAUUUUACUACAGUGAACACAUCAAAAAUUAAAAAUAAGUUUUUUCCGGCCCUAAGGCCGCUGUAAAUAGUCCGGUAUGUCCACGAUCCUGUGAAGUCUAGAAUGUUUCUGUUUUUUAUACACAUUAAUAUAAUUAUAUCAAAACA